AUGCCACAACUAGACACAUCUACAUGAUUUGUUACAGUCUUAGCCUCCUUAAUCACACUAUUCAUCUUAAUACAAUUGAAAGUAUCUUCACUAAAUUUCUAUACAAAUCCAUCUAACAAAAAUAUCAACUACUUAAAAUCAAAUAACCCUUGAGAACUAAAAUGAACGAAAAUCUAUUUGCCUCUUUCAUUACCCCUACAAUAA